CUCUUCUCUAUAUCUGUUUUAUCUCUAUGGUUUUAUCAAUUCAAAAGUCAAAAGGCUAUAUUCUUUGAUUCAAUGUCAGUUUGUGGGUUGGGUGUGUGUGAGUUCUGAGUUUUCAUUUAUCUAGAAAAUAAUUAUUUUAAUGUUUUAAUUUUAUUUAUUGUGUGCAAGUUGAUAUGCGUGUUUUUGUAACAUUUUUAAUACAUAUCACAGCCAACUGUAACGGUAGCUUCGUGUGAAGAUUAGAUUUUUAUUUGUUAAAGAAUUGGCAUCAAUAAAAGAAUGCUGAGAGGAAGGGUGCAACAUUUACUUCAUUGUUUGUUUUUUAUGACAUUUAUAUAUAUUUUCUUAGUAUUUGCGGGUGCUAUUAGAUUGGAUGAUAAAGAAAAGAGAAUUAUUGAUCCAUGGGAAGAGUAUGGAAUCUAUGGCACAAUUACUCUUUAUGUUCUCAGGCUCCUGACAUUACUAACAAUACCACAAGUACUGUGCAAUUUUGCAGGAUUAACAUUAUUUAAUGCUUUUCCUGGUAAAGUGAAACUGAAAGGCUCACCAUUAUUAGCACCCUUUAUUUGCAUCAGAGUAGUUACUAGAGGAGACUUUCCAAAGCUUGUAAGGGAUAAUGUCACAAGAAAUAUGAAUACAUGUAUUGAUGUGGGAAUGGAAAACUUUAUGAUAGAAGUAGUCACUGACAAAGUCAUUAGUUUGCCCAAGCAUCGCAGAGUAAGAGAAGUGGUGGUCCCAUCUGAAUACAAGACUAAAACUGGUGCUUUAUUUAAAUCUCGUGCAUUGCAAUAUUGUUUAGAAGAUGAUGUGAACAUCCUUGCUGACACUGACUGGAUAGUCCAUUUGGAUGAAGAAACAUUGCUGACGGAGAAUUCUGUGCGCGGUAUACUGAAUUUUGUUUUUGAUGGCCAACAUCAGUUUGGCCAAGGACUUAUUACAUAUGCCAAUGAACAAAUUGUCAACUGGCUCACCACUCUGGCAGAUAGCUUUAGAGUUGCAGAUGAUAUGGGAAAGCUGAGAUUUCAAUUCUACCUUUUCCAUAAGCCUCUUUUUAGUUGGAAAGGUUCUUAUGUAGUAACACAGGUUGGUGCUGAGAAGAAAAUAUCUUUUGAUAAUGGUUUAGAUGGGUCUGUCGCUGAGGACUGUUACUUUGCUAUGAAGGCAUAUAUGGAAGGUUAUACUUUUAAUUUUAUUGAAGGAGAAAUGUGGGAAAAAUCACCUUUCACCUUGUGGGAUUUUAUGCAACAGAGAAAACGUUGGAUUCAAGGUAUUCUCUUAGUGGUACAUAGUAAAGAGAUUCCUUUAAUUAAUAAGGUGUUUUUGGGUAUUUCUUGUUACUCAUGGGUGACUCUGCCCUUGUCAACAAGUAACAUGUUAUUAGCAGCACUCUGUCCAAUACCGUGUCCACAAUUUCUAGAUCUAGUUUGUGGUUUUAUUGGUGCUGUAAAUAUUUAUAUGUAUGUUUUUGGUGUCAUAAAAUCUUUUCCCAUUCAUAGAUUUGGACCAUUGAAAUUUUCUUUGUUUGUAUGCGGUGCACUAGCAACCAUUCCAUUUAAUAUUAUAAUUGAAAAUGUAGCAGUGAUAUGGGGUGUUUUAGGCAAGAAGCACAAAUUUUAUAUAGUCAACAAAGAAGUUAAGAUUCCUGUGACAGUAUAAUUUUUUUUAUAUAUGUACAUUUAAAAUUUAUAGUCACUAGAUAAGUGCACAAAAUACUUAAUGUGAUUAUGACUGAUUGUGAAUGAUAAUGGUUGCUUUUUCUGCGAGGUUUAUGGACAAUUUUUAUAUAGAAGUAAACAUGAAUGUUUUGUUUUGUACCAAAGAAUUAAAUAUUAAUUACCUAAUAAGAUAUCUGAAGAGCAAUUGUUAUCAUAGAAGUAGGUUAAAAUUUAAAGUUAAUUUGUAAAGCUAAUUCCUGUUAAUUGUAUUUUUUCAACAAAUAUAAUUCACCUUAAUCAGUAGAUUAGAAUUCAAGAAAAUGUAUGUAUAUUCUCUUGCAUAAAUUAUUUAAUUAGCCAAAACUUAUUUAACAAGCACAAAUUUUCAAAUGAGUAAAGUUUUUCAUCAGUAUUUUUCUUAAAUGUAUUGAUUUUUUUAUGAAGAAUUUAUUUUGUAAUAACAUGAUAAUAUAAAUGAUUACCACCUUUAUGUAAUUCCCUACAUCAUAUUAUCAACCCCUAUAAAGGGGCACUGAAAGUACUCCUGUAUUUCUAUAUCAUCUGUUAUAUUCGAAUUUACGCUCUUACACAAUCUCUUAACUUAAGAUGAUAAAGCAUUUUUUAACUUGGAUUAUAAACAUAGUAAAAGUAGCUACUUAAAUGAUGAUCUCUUAAAUAAUUUAAUAAUGGCCAUAAUCACAUUAGAAAUAGUUAUUUAGUAUGGUGAAAAGCAAUGUUUAUUUAACAGUAAUAUGUUGGUACUUUUAUGUUUUAUCAGUAUUAAAAAUAUCAAGGCAUAUAGCAAAAGCUAACAUCUAAAUUAGAUUAUUAAAGCUGUUUCUUUUAUAAUGUGUUAGAAAGUCUGCUUUUUAAUAUUUAAUACAUAAGAUCUCGCUUCUUUCAUGGGGAGUACACAACCGCGCUGAGCGUAAUAUGUUCAAAAUUGUACGCAUCCAUAAUAACAUACAUUAUUGAGACCAAUAUCAUCACAGAAGUGCGUUAACCAUAUCUACUUAGUUAAUGAAGCUGACGGCUAAGCACUGAAACGAUAUUUAAUUAUGUAACGGUUAAUUAUAAUACCAAGUUAAAACUCCGAUUUCCAAGAUAAUUUUGAUGUCUCUCAAGACUGUAAGCGACGCUCACGAAGUGAAGUGUUAAAGAUUCGUUUCAGUAUUUCGCCGAAGAAACAAAGUAACGCGUUUCAUCAAUCAGCUGAAUUUUUAGUUGAGACUAAUGUGUAAGUUAUAUUAAAUUGUUGGCCACUUUUAAUAUAAUUGUAAAAGUAAGGCUUAUCUCACAUAAACGAACAUAUUUUUCUUUCAAUAGAAGUACUGUUUCAAGUUAUUAUAUUAAUAUUAUUUUUGAUAUCAAGAUAUUUCGAGUAGUUUCCUUUAAAUUAAAGGAAAUUCGUGCAUAAUUAUGUUUGUUGUUAAAUGAUGUCUUGUCUUAAUUUGUAUUAAAUCAAUUAAUUGACAUGUUUGAAUAUUUAGGAAUCUUAAUAAGUCCAGGCAUAAAUAAUAAUUUAGUUUUAUAUGAAAAUACCCUUCGUUUCGUUAUUAGUAUUAUAUUUGUAUUAACAAUUAAAUAUCAUUACAAUUUCAUACUUGUGUGAUAAUUCAUACAAAAAAUUUUGUGUAUUAAGAUAUGUAAUUAUUUAUUGAAAUAGGCUCAUUAAAGAUUUUGUAAACGUUGAAAAGAAUUCAUUGAAAAACGGUUUAUCAGUUAAGUGUUGAUUCGUAUACAAAUAGAGAUAAAGGCUUUGCGUAUUUCAACACCCAACCUUAUUACAAGUCGUGGGUAAUAUUUUUUUAUUCACAAUAUUAUUUUUAAAAUAUCGAAGAUUAACAGAACUAUGUUUUGUUUUGCAUUAGUUUGAGUUGAAUCCUCUUUUAAUAAAUGAUGGGCCUCAUCGUUUUUUCAAUGGUUUUGCCAACAACAUAGAAGAUAAUUGAAAAUGUAAAGUACAAGAAUACUUUAAUUAUUAUUAUAGUAAAAUAGUAAUUGCAGUCUUAAAUGUGUAUACUUGAUGAAGUUUAAUAUCCUCAAUUUAUUACCUCAACUAACAUUGAGAUUCAAAUAAAUGUUAAAAGUAUUAUUAUAAAAUAUAUUGGGCUCAUUCAAGGAUAGGAAAACCAAAAUCAUUCACAUCUUCCUCAUGUCAUCAGGAAAAAUAUAAAUGAUAUUAACAUUUACUGCACACAAUUAGUCCUAGUCUUUAAUCGUAUGCUUCUACAUGAUUAUUGAAACCUUUAUGGUUUCAUUAGGUGUUAGAUUUAUUAUGGUCUUAUUUACGUCAUAAUUUGAGGUAAUCGUUCUUGUAAAUCACGACCGAGGACGUUCACAUGUGAUAAAUGUGCACGCGAAAAGAGCUGAGCUAUACACGUGUAUUCUCACUAUUAAAACAUGUCAAAAUUAAGUAAAUAAUGAAAGUAAGUAAAUUUUUACGAAAAUUUUUGACUAUCUGAUGUACUUAGUAUUUGUUAUAUGUAAAUGUUUUGGCAGUCCGAAUAUACGGUUAUUGUGACGAUACCCAUGUCCUCGUAAAUACUUGACCGAUGCUUAGUACUAAGUUUUAUAGCGCUCUACAACUGCAACAGCAAGUUUAAGGCCGGACCACCUACAAAUUAUGAACAAUUUAUGCCUCUCACUACUUAUUUCAUCGAAGAGUUUCUCACUUUUAAGAACUUUUAUGUGGUAUAUUUACAUAUAAUAAAGUUUUUAUGUUGCAAGUUUUAUAAAUUCGAGGUAAACGUAUUAUAGGUUUAAUUGAAUUUAAUUUUAUUAUGUAAUAACAAUUUUUGUGUAUUUUUCUUUAUAAUUAUAUGGUUGGUAUAAAGGUACACAACAUUUAACGUUAUAGAAUUGUUAAUAAAAUUGUAUUUUGAAUUUGAAAGAUUUAAUAUGAUGAAAAAAUAUGACGAAUGUUCCCGUUUUGUAUUCGCUAUUUUGUACCUGAUCUUAGAAUAUCCUUGAAUUGUUUUACAUUGACCAGCGUAAAGGCCCAUUUACACUUUGAGCGAGCUCAAGAGAUUUUGUAAUCGAGAGACAUUUUGUAAUUUGAUUUUUAGAAUAAUAAUUUUUAUUUAUUGUAAAUUUUUGUGUUGAUAGUUUAAAAUAAUUAUUUGAAAUGUGAUUUUAAUUUCUAAGCCGUAGAAUAGAUAGUAUUGUGAAUAAUAAGUACUACACUCUGUCGUUUAAUAAUUACAAAUUGUCAAGUAAAAAGUAAUGGUUAUUGAAUUAA